GCUCCUUUGCAGUUGGAGGGGGGACAGAAUUGUGCUGAAAGAUGAGUGCCCGGCGGCGUGGCACGCCCGGCGAAAAGAAAGGCCGACGCAGCGCGGGACGUGGAGCAGCGGUGGCCGCCCAGAAGCAGGAAGUGCCCAUUCAGCCGUUCAUUCCUGAUGAGCCUGCUGAGCAAGUUCCAGUUCUGCUCCUGGAAGAGCCGGAAGAGAGUCCGGUGGAGAUUAUCCUUCCUCCCAGCCUUGCGGAGCAAGAGGUGGACUUGAAACCCUGCCUCCAAAACCGGCUGGCCUUGUCUGGCCUCCGGAAAGAGAUGUGGACGGAAGAGCAUCUGGCCACCAUGGACCAGUUCCUUAAGGAUGUCACCAGGCCAAUGCUCGUAUUUUACAUUGAUGACUUCGCUGGAUUGAAAGUGGAGCCUGUCAUGCCCCAUCAGGAGCAGAAACAGCUCACCUACUUCAUCCGCCAAGAGAACGCAGAAAUUACGGAGGAGAAUUUCCACGAAGUGGUUCAGUUUGGGACUGUCCGGAAGCCCUACAUAGAUUCGCUGAUGCGCAUGCUCAACUCUAUCUAUUUGCCCCGGCUGUUUCGCAAAGCGUCCUGGCCAGAAAGCAUAAAGAAUGAAUUUUUCUCAGAAAUUUAUCACUUCAUGACCUCUCUCACAGACACGCGCUCCAAGAUGAAGGGUCGCACCGUCCUCUACAUCCCCAUAGAGUCCCUCAACAUCAGCGCAGAGGUGGCCAUAAAGGACAAAGCCGUUGUUCAGCGUCUGGAGACUUCCAUGAUUCACUGGACUCGGCAAAUCAAGGACGUGCUGAGGGCCCAAGAGGCGGUCGAGAGCCGGGAAAGCUCAGGACCCCUGGAAGAGAUUGAGUUUUGGAGGAACCGCUGCACCGACCUCUCGGAGAUCAGCAAGCAGCUGUGCCAGCAGGGGGUGAAGCGCAUUGAAAGCAUCCUCUGCCUCUCCAAGUCUUCCUACGUGGCCCCCUUCCAGCGGCUCUCCAAACAGAUCCAGGAUGGGUCAGAGCAGGCCCAGUCCAACCUCCGGUUCCUCUCCAUCCUGAAAGAGCCAUUCCAAGAGCUGGCCACCUUACGGCCCAAGGACAUCCCUGAGAAGCUGCCACAUCUCAUCAGCCUGGUCCGUAUCGUGUGGGUGAACUCCCCGUACUACAACAGCAGAGAGAGGAUCACAGCACUCUUCCGGAAGAUGAGCAAUAAAAUUAUUCAGAUGUGUUGCAAAGACAUUUCUCUGGACCGGCUGUUUGAGGGCUACAUCAACUCUACUCGCCAAACUCUGCACAGCUGCAUCUCGUGCAUGUCGUCUUGGAAGGACUGCUACCAACAGGCAGCUUACAUGCACAACAA